AUGGACAGUUACUCAUUUGUCCGACCUGGAAAAUUAAAAUUAAAAGGUGAGAAGAAGAAAAAGCACCACAAAAGACAUUACGAAUCGAAACCAAAGGUUGAGAAAACAGAACGUAUUUUGGAAGCAGAUGCUCAUGGUGGCUGGUGGUCUGUGAAAGAAUUCGAUGAAGUGAAGGAUUCAAUAGCAAUACAAGUUUAUGUUGCAACUGAUAAACCGUUGACGGCUGAUGGAUUUGAAGCAGCUACACACUCUGGACAGGAUGCUAAUAACAAGGAGUUUACAGGUGCUUGUUACUUAUCAGCUACCGACGAAGGUUUGGUUGUUAUCGGACCACCAAGGAAGUACGGAGAACCACCAGCUCCAGAAGAGAUUUUCACCGCUAUGCAAGUUUCGGAUACUAAAGUUGCAUUUAAAUCUGGGUACGGUAGAUAUCUUGGUGUUUCUACCAAAUCCGAUGCUAUUUUGGCAGCCACAGCAGAUGCUGUUGGAGUUUUUGAACAAUUCGAACCAAUUUUUCAAGAUGGUCGUAGUGCUAUGUUAGGAGCCAACAAUUGUUUCCUUUCAGCUGAUCCGAUUACGGAUGAUAUUAUAUUCAAAAGUCAACAAGCCAAAACCAAUGAAAUGGUUAUUUUUCGUUCUAAUAAACCUCUUAUCCAUGAUCCUUUAUUGGAUAUACCAGAAGAAGAACGUGAAGGCUUGAAAAAAGCUGAAGUUAAUUAUGUACGUAAAUUCCAAAGUUGGCAAGAUCAAAAGCUUCGUUUAAGCAAAGAAGAUUUCAGUAAUGUAAAGCGCGCUCGUCAUUCUGGCAAUCUGUAUGAAUGUCUACUAGAUCGACGUGAAAAAAUGAAAUCAGAUCGAUACUGUAAAUAA